AGUCAGCAUUUUGCUAGCAGAAGAAGUUGUAUCAGGAAUCUGUCUCUUGAGUCUGCAACGUAAAGAACAUGGGGAAAGAGCGCAUGCAUAUUAAUUUGACCGUUAUUGGUCAUGUCGACAGCGGGAAAUCCACCACUACUGGCCAUUUGGUCUACAAGUGCGGGGGCGUGGACCCCAGAACCAUUGAAAAGUAUGAGAAAGCUGCGGCACAGAUGGGCAAGUCGUCUUUCAAGUAUGCCUGGGUCCUUGACAAACUCAAAGCUGAAAGGGAGCGCGGUAUCACCAUCGAUAUUUCCCUCCUGAAAUUCAACACGCUUAAAUACACCAUCACGAUAAUUGACGCACCUGGUCACAGGGACUUCAUUAAGAAUAUGAUCACUGGGGCUUCGCAGGCUGAUGUGGCCCUCCUGAUGGUAUCUGCUGCCAAAGGGGAGUUCGAAGCUGGCAUCUCCCGCAACGGCCAGACUAGGGAACAUGCGCUACUGGCCUACACCCUGGGCGUCAAGCAGCUGAUUGUCUGUGUGAACAAAAUGGAUGCCACCGAACCACCAUACAGCCAGAAACGUUUCGAGGAGGUGGUCAAAAAUGUGAACACUUUCAUUAGGAAAAUUGGCUACGACCCUGACACGGUGCCUUUCGUGCCCAUCUCUGGAUGGAGUGGGGAGAACUUGAUUGCGCCCUCCCAAAAGAUGACCUGGUUUAAAGGCUGGAAGGUGAGGAGCAAACAGAACGUGGCCAGUGGCAAGAGCCUCCUGGAGGUGCUGGACUCCAUCUCUCCUCCUGUGCGCACCUCCACCAAACCCCUGCGCCUGCCCCUCCAGGAUGUCUACAAGAUUGGAGGUGUGGGCACUGUCCCCGUGGGCAAGGUCGUGACUGGUGUCCUCAAGCCGGGCAUGGUGGUGACCUUCUCGCCCGCCAAGCUGACCGGUGAGGUGAAGUCCAUCGAGAUGCACCACCAGGGCCUGCAGGCCGCUCUGCCGGGCCACAACGUCGGCUUCAACAUCCGUAAUGUGUCCUCCAAGAGCCUUCGGCGGGGCGAUGUGGCUGGGAACGCCCAGCAAGAUCCGCCAACAGAAGUCAACAGCUUCGUUGCUCAGGUGAUCAUCCUGAACCACCCCGGUAAGAUCCAGGCCGGCUACUCCCCCGUGCUGGACUGCCAUACAACCCACGUGUCCUGCCGCUUCACGGAACUCUUGGAGAAGUUGGACCGCCGCUCGGGCAAGAAGCUGGAGGACCGUCCUCAGCUGUUGCGGUCCGGCGAUGCCGCCACCAUCAAACUGGUCCCUGUCAGGCCCAUGUGUGUGGAGAGCUUCUUCCAGUACCCACCUUUAGGUCGCUUCUCCUGCAGGGACAUGAAACAGACUGUGGCGGUUGGAGUGAUCAAGUCUGUGGAGAAGGUUGACCAACAUCCGAAGAAGGCGCAAAAAGUUUAAAAUGUAAAUGGAUUUGUUUGUGUUUACCAGCACUUAAUUUUUUUUAGUUUUGGUUGUACAGUGCAGUGAUGCUGCCUUUUAUUUUGUAAAUAUGAAGUUGUAAAAUAUUUUAGUUAAUAAUUGAAGUGGCACAGAGUUGUGUACUUUUGUGUUGGUAUAAAAAAGAAAUGCAAUGCAUUCUGUUAAAACUGCUUGAGUGCAAAUAAAUGUUAUGAAAUUGAA